UCAUUAGAGGAAGUGAGGCUGAGAGGUCUCUCCGCAGACUCUCCCCGACGGCAGAAAGGAGAAACUCUUAAAGAAGUUAAAAGGUGCCGCGUAUGGGAACACGAGUCACGUCCCAGCUCACCGCGCCCGGCCGAUCUCUGCCCUCAGAUGGUCGAUUCCAGCGGGAGAUCCCCCGUGAUCCAGGAGUGGUCCGGCCCGUACCCGGGUCACGGCCUGGACGCCGGCCACGGCCUGGACCCCUCCGACCCGGGCAUGCACGCGGCCGCCGGGUCCCUGAGCCAGAUGGAGAUGCUGCUGGGCUGCCCGGCCCCGGGGCCCCCCCUGAGGGGCUGCGGGGGCGAGGAGCGCCUGGGGGGCGGCACGCUGGCCUACCUGUCCUACAUGCAGCCCUGCAUGGGCGGCUCGGCGGCCUCCGAACACAUGUCCAACCAGCAGCAGGAGUUCUCCCCGUACAUGCUGCCCCCCGGGGCCUGCCGCCUCCCGUCGGGGCUGGGGCCCCCGGGGACCGGCCCGCCCGUGCCCAAGAGGGCCAUCAGCAAGAACAGCGUGGAGUACCGGCUGCGGCGCGAGAGGAACAACAUCGCCGUGCGCAAGAGCCGGGACAAGGCGCGGCGCCGCAUCCUGCUGACCCAGCAGCGGGCCGUCCAGCUGACGGAGGACAACCAGCGCCUCCAGCAGCGCCUGGGCCAGCUGUCCCAGGAGCUGGACACGCUGCGCCACGUUCUGGCCCAGCGCCACGCCGCCCGGCCGGGGGACGCCACCGGGGAGGCCUGUCUGUAGAGGGGACCCCCCCAGACCCCCCCCCCCCCCGGACCCUCAGGGGCCCAGCGCCGCGCAGGUAGACCCCCAGCCUUCCCCCGGUUUGGCUCAGCGAGGGGCCCGCCUUCUGAACCAAUCGGCGUGCUCGGUUACUCUCUGAUCUGCUGGGGCUCGAGGUCCGCUGUAGUACAACCUUUCCAAAUGAUGAUUAUGAUAAACCUGUAAAUCAAAAUGUAUAUCUAAAGAGAUGCGGUACGAUUGUAUGGGAAUGUGUGUGUGUGUGUGUGUGUGUGUGUGUGUGUGUGUAUAUAGAGUGGUAGACACUCCUGUAAGUCAAGUGCAUUUGAAUAUCCCUUUAUCACUGAUUAAACGAAAUUUAACUAAUUAAAUACAUGUAAAUGUUGAAAUAGGUUUUAAUCACUUUUUCUGUGUAUGUUUGAUUAGAGAGUUGUAAAGAGAGGACAUGUUAAACUAAACCACCCCUCUUUGUUUCUCCGUCAUUGAGGCUAGUUGUGCUUGACUGUGCUUGACAUGCAGCAUGGAUUCCCUAGACCAGGGAAGAGAUGCCCUGAGUGGUCAGAAACGAUCUAGAAAUGGAUGUACUCACUUUUCACAUUUGACUCAUGGCUGGCUGUGCGAUAAAAGAAUAAAAUAAAAUGAGACUCAAAUAAUAUCUUAAAUCUGACCUACAGCUCCUUGAUCUGAGCAGCGGAGGUAAACAGACCCUGGGGGUGUGAUGAUGUAGAGUCCGGGGGGGGGGGGGGGACCCCAGAAUCUGGGCCUUGAGCAAAUAAACUGAACCCCGACUGAUAGAUGAGUAGAGAUGCAGGAGUCCCCUGGUCAGGAAGGAGGACCGGUUGGUUAUGUUGUUGGACAUUUGCCUCAUGGGAUUACACAAUUAUCUGGAAUGCAUUGAAUGAUAUUAAGCUCCAAACUAAAAUUACAACAGGAAAUUUGUCAUUGCAUUAAUAUUUUCACACCAUGUUAAAAUAAUUGUUUUUUGUGUACAUGGUCCAAUAAAUAUAUAAAAUAAUAAUG